GGAAUAUCUUAUCUUAUCUUAUCUUAUAUGCUGCAUAAGACAUACAAAGGUUGUUCUUUCUUUAUUUGAGUGAAGUUGCCCUCAAUAAAUGUGAACAUUGACACCUUGUUGAAAUGAAAUAGGUAUUGUAACUGAACUGUUCAGGUAUUGUUGCUGUUUGUUUGGUGAGGCGGGGCAGUCAUUCUGAAUUCAAGGAUUCUAAUAAUAAUAACACUAUUAUUUUUUAUUAUUAUUGUUAUUAUCAUUAUUAUUAUUGGCCUAUUAUUAUUAUAAUUUGUAAUAAUACUACUACUAAUAAUUUUAUUUUAUGCAUAUGAUAUUGCCGCUUACUUCAGCAAGAGUAGUAUUUUAAUGGUAUCUUGUUGUAGUUGGUUGUGACCCUGCAGAGGGCAGUAACACGCUCACGAUGAGUCUGCGCUGCCAGAAAUGAAGCCAAAGAAGAAGAACGCUUUAUAUUCUGCUUCCAAGGCCUAUUGAAGGAGGCUAUGAUCACGCAUCAUCACCGCGUCAUACCUUUAGGGGUACAACACAUGCGUAGUAAAGACCAAUCGCAACGCAGGACCGCAGCUCCAGUUACACUACGCAUGCGUCGUAGACCCCUCUCUGUCCGUGUCCCAUCCUCCUUCCACAGGCCUUGCCUGCUUCCAGGAAGUAUUGAGUUGGUUCAGUUUAUCCUGCUGGCUACCUGUCUGUCUGUCUCUCUGUCUGUCUGUCUGUCUGUCUGUCUGUGUGUCUGCUGGUUGGCUUCAUUAAAUGGAUCACAACAUACCGCUGGUCCAGAGAGCGGAUGCUGCCUUCACGUCCUCCUGGUCUCCAUCCUCCUAUUUCAGCUGAACCUCGAACCCCUUGUGUGUGUGUGCAAGGUUGAUAGUGCGUGUGUACGCCUGACUGUGCCUAUGUGAGUGUGCACAUGUGUGUGUAAAUUCACUGUAGGCGUAUGUGAGUGUGUUACUUCAGGGGUAGUGUGUGAGUGUGUGAGUCUGUGUCAAUACCCCCCCCCCAGUCCACCAUGUCCCCGUAUCCCUCAGCGCUCCAGCUGAGUCCAUCGGUGUGUCUUCAUCUCCUCUGCCUGCUGCUCCUCACUGACUGCUCCUCCUCCAGCGUACCUAAAAAGGACCCAGUUCCGGCCGAGCCCCUGACCCGGCUCACCACAACACAAGCUAACUGCGCCGCUGCUACAUGUGAUAAUGGUGUCAGUGAAAAUGCAACAACUCAACAACUGAACUCAGAAGGCACACAGGAUGACCCGCUCAGCCACACGUUAAAGGACUCUGUAGUGUCCUCGACUCCAGUCCCUCAGCCUGCAGUCCCUCAGCCUGCAGUCCCUCUUCCUUCUACCACCACAGGCUCGCCUCCACAGGCUGCUCAUACUGGACCCAUCACCAACACUGGUACUAGUACAUCCACAACUACAGAACCUGUUAGGAAUGUAUUCACAAUCACUUUACUGGUGACUUCUACAACCACAACAACACCAACGUCGACUACAGCAGCAGCAGCAGCAACGUCUACAACAACAACAACAACAACAACAACAACAACAACAACAACAACAACGUCUACAGCAGCAGCAACAACGCCUACAACAACAACAACAACAACAACUUCUACAGCAGCAGCAACAACGCCUACAACAACAACAACAACAACAACAACUUCUACAGCAGCAGCAACAACGCCUACAACAACAAGAUCGUCUACAGUAGCAGCACAGCCUGCAACAACGGUAAAAGCAACAACCACACUUACAAGAGCCAACACAACUGUCACUAUUACUACAACCACAGGUACAAAGAGGUCACCUCCAGCACCACCACCACCACCAACCGCCGCGCCACAGCCAAAUGCCCCACCUACUGGGAUGCCACCAAUUCAGACCUCUUUACCCAAAGGGCCUACCACCACAACCGUUGCCAGUACCAGCACUCCCGCCGAUCGCAACGAGCCCGUCACCUCGGGAACGAGAGUUUCCAUGGUAGAUGAAGCGGGGGCAGCUUUGACCAGGCAGCUGGUGGACACGGCGUCUUUACUGGCCGUCCUGCUCUUCGGCCUGCUCUUCUUCUUGGUCACGGUGGCUUUGUUUGUCACGCAGGCCUACGAGAGCUACAGGAGGAAGGACUACACCCAAGUGGACUACCUGAUCAACGGCAUGUACACAGACUCUGGGGUGUGAGGGAGGAGGAAGAGGCAAAGCACAAUGCAGUGGAGAUUGUUUUUGCGCUUGGAGUCAGAGACGGUAGAACGGAAGAUGGACUGGAUGGUGACGCAGUGGCGCUGUGAAUUCAAAAGGUGAGUCAGUGCCACUGUUUGACAGUUCGGGGGAGAAGUAGGAAUGGACUAAACUGACCAACGGCUCACUGAACUGACACUAAAGCAGUCGCUGAUCUGUUUCUAUCAUAACUGUUCCACUUAACGCUUUGUUCUUUUCCUGCUUCUCUUUCUUUUGAUGGUUUGAAUGUGAAGAGUUUGGCUUGUCCCAGUUUUGCCAAAUGUUGAGCAACACAAAUAGAGGUUACCUGGCUGUAACUCCAGUUCUAUGUGUACAUGCAAAGCCCGUCUAACAGGGCCUUGCUAUUGGCCCGUGACAGAAUCUCCUCCACGCAGCUGGUCUGUCCAGCUGUAGUUGGUUCCAGGGUGGCCGGACCAAUCAGGAUGCUUCCAAGGUGAUAAAAAGCUCGACAGAGGAUUUUUGAGUUAUUGUACCUUUUCAGAUGAAUGUAGUCACACAGAAGUCUAGUGUUCAUUAAGGACUAGGGCUGUCACUUAAACAAAACAAAACAAAUCAAGUUUGAACAAUUUUGAGCGAACAUCAAAUUCAUUCUAGUUAAUUUUCCCCACAUUCAAACGAAUGUUCGACUUUGGAAUAUAAAGUUGCAGCCCUAUUGAGGACCAAAGCAUAUUUGUGAAUAUUAUAUCGGAGAUGUGACUUUAACUUUCCAGUAAUGAACUAAUAACUUAUUCCACGUUAAGAAAAAAAUUUAAAAGCAAAAACCACAAAUUGACGACAACUGUCUCCGUCAACCGAAACCAUGAUGGCCAAUUGACUGUUUGACUAACAAGGAACAGGCUCUUCAAUUAGCACGUCUAAAACACAUCACAUUGGAAACGAACCAAGAUUCGUAUCAUGAAACAUUCCCACAUAUGUGCAAAAUAACACAUCAACCGGGCGGGUAGAUAAUUCAGUCAUAUCAUCGAUAUAUGAUCCUAUUGUUCUGUAGAGUGUCUAAAUUUAGAUUAUUGAGAAAACUAGAAUUUAUUUAAAAACUAACAAAAUGGGUUACUUCUGAUUUAGUUUUGCACAUUUGAAUAAUUUUGUCUGAUGCGAUACAUGCAGAUAAUUGUAGUGUGAACAUCAUUUUAUACACAUUUUCCAUAUGGGGAAAUAUCCUUAUUAAUACAGUGAUACUGAUUUAGCCCUACAACUCAUCUUUUUACAUGUGUUGCCAUUUCCACCAGUCAAAAAUAUAAAAAUACCCCCCCCCAAAAAAAGAUAUGUAUAUUUAUAUACAGUAUAUGUAUACAUAUAUAUUUUUGGGAUAAAUAUAUAUAUGUAUAUAUGUAUAUAUACAUAUAUAUAUAU